AUGUUCCUGCCGGAUACUGUACGUAGCUGCAUGAUUGAAACAGACGUGUCAUCUUACUUGCAAACGACAUCAUCUGGACAGGUUGAAAGAAAACUAAAAGAUGAAAAUAUUAUUUUCAAUCAUGGAAAAAAAUCAAAACAUACCCUUACAAUCAUUGGCAGAAUUUCAUUAAUUUUUGCUUUAACUAACCGAGAAACAACUGAGAGAAAGAAAGAUGAGUUUCAUCCGUUCAUUGAAGCUCUUUUGCCGUUUGUUAAAUCUUUUUCUUACACGUGGUUCAAUCUACAAGCCGCCAAACGUAAAUAUUAUAAAAAACAUGAAAAGCGAAUGUCUUUAGAAGAGGAACGCCAUUGCAAAGACGAUUUGCAGAAUGAAAAACCUGAAGUAAAGCAAAAAUGGGCUUCACGUUUACUGGGAAAAUUAAGAAAAGACAUCACACAAGAGUGCCGUGAAGAUUUCGUUCAAAGUAUAACUGGAAAAAGACAAUCAAUAUGUGUACUUUCAAAUCCCGAUCAAAAAGGAAAAAUGAGACGAAUUGAUUGUCUUCGGCAAGCUGAUAAGGUUUGGCGGCUUGAUCUUGUUAUGGUUAUUCUAUUCAAAGCAAUACCACUUGAAAGUACUGAUGGUGAACGACUGGAAAAAAAUCCCGAAUGUUCUCAACCUGGUCUUUGCGUAAAUCCUUAUCAUAUAAAUGUUUCUGUUCGUGAACUCGAUUUAUAUUUGGCGAACUUUAUAAAUAGCCAUGAUUUCAUUAGUAGCACAAGUUACAAUAGUAAUAACAGCAACAGUACAACAGACAGCAAGAAAAAUGAAGACCGAAAACAUAAAGUAUACGCACAAAAUCCUUACAAUGGCGUUGUUUAUAAUGAUAUCAUUUUGGCAACUGGAGUGUUUUCAUCAAAGGAACUGUGGAAAAUGUCAAAGGCAUCAAUUCUUAAUGACAUAAGUGAAAAUACCAUGGGAUCGAAUGCUAGUAGCAGUAAUGGGAGUGCAACGAACAAUACCGGCAACAUUAAACUAGAAAAUACGUCCUAUUUCUGUAACAGUUAUUCAAAUUCUAUUCAAAGUGGUUCUCCAGCGAUUACAGCUAUCACAGGUGGAUAUAUUGAUGCGAACGCAGGGUUUUCUGUUAUACUUCGUCCCGGAGAGCAGAUAAAUUCUAAUCACAGUCAUGAAUCUUUAGCCAUCCAACGCUAUACUCCACAUCCAACAUCACGUCUUGUAAGCGUCAAUCAACCACGUCAAGAUGAAGUAAUAUUACAUCAGCACAAUCAGCAGCACAAUGUUUUGGCUCAACAAGCUGUUAGUACCGGUUCUGUUUUUUAUCAGAAUAGUCCAUCAACUUCAGAUGUUAACUCGGGGGAUAAUCAUAAUCAGAAUCAUGAAGAUCGAGCGGGAGCGACAAACGCAAAUACAAAAUAUAGUGAAUGUCAAACAAAUGGACACGAUACGUUAUCAGAUUUUGUUACCUUCGUGUGUCAAGAGACAGAACAAAGCGAGCAAAAUCAAAGUCACAGGAAUAGUCCAAAAUCUCAACAAUAUCCGCAAUAUAACACAAUGUUACCACCUCCACCCUUACCACCAAUGGCUCGACCAGUAGCAAUUAUACGUUCGAGUGAUCUUUCGUUAGUUAAUUCGCCACCUACUUCUAAUACUCCUCCGACGACAAUGUCAUCGCCACAUCAAGAGCACCAAGACUCUCACAUGUGUCAAAAUGAAGCAAACCAUUCACCACCCCUUAGCCCUCAAUCAGAAAUUGAUAGAAAAGGCUUAUCAAGAAUUUCAAGUCCCUAUUCGAAUAGUCGUGAUUUUACUUUCAACCAUUUUCAUUCACAACAAUCUCAGUUAUUCAGUUAUCCAAGCUCAAUAUCGACAAUAUCAGGAGUGAUUAGUCCUACAAAUCUUAGUUUAUACUCUACUCCUGUUACAACUCCUAGAACCACAGCUCGAACACGUUGGAAUAAUCCAUUUAUGCUUGAAGAAGAUUUUAAUAUGAUCACUCAUCCAGUGUCAAGUAACAAUCCGGAAGGAAAUUCUGUGAUUCUGAUGGAAGAAGAUAGAUUUUUUCAAACAUCAGCAACAACAUCUGAUUCUACAGCCUCACAUUUAAAUCAUGGCUUAAUCGUUGCUUCAUCAGCUUCUGCUGUAUGUACAAGUGAGCACGCUUCUUCUUUGACUCAUUCAGCUGCGCAACAACUAAUCGAUAAGCAUGGGAAUCUUAUGAUUUCACCAAAACAUGAAGUGCUCUAAACAGACGUCUUUAUUGAGAUAAAAAUUGCUCAAACACUCUUAAAUGACAAUAAAGCAAAGAUUGUCUAAUAAAACUUAUAAAAUAAACAUACCCGAAGCCUAAGGUAAUGUGCCUUUGUACAGUUGGUGAAAUGAUCAUUGCAGAACUUAUUUUAAUAGUUUUGAACGAUUUCGAAAUAUGUAUGUACUAGAAAAAUUAACAUUUUCUACAUGAUGUAUAACCUUUGGAACUUCCAUAAGAUGCCAUGAUUCAGUCGAAGUUUUACUCAAUACUCGAUAAAGUUAAAUAGUUUAGGUCCUUUAAUAGACGAAACUUUUUUUUGCCUACUAAAAUCUGAUAAUUUUCCAUUUUGUCGUUAAAAAUUAAGCAAUACUAGAAAAUAUUUAAGCAAAGAAAUCAAUAAAUAUUUACAUAGAAUACUUUAAAACCGACAUGCAUAUAUCUAAUGAAAUUAUGAGAUAUGAAUAGAUUGAAAAAGAUUAAGAAGGCAUGUAAUGAGGUAUGUGAUCUGGCC